UCAUAGUAUGAGGUUUAGCGUAAUGUCUUUAACUUCUCGCUUUUGGAUCUGAAAAUGCCUUUCUUAAUUGCAACAGAUUACGUUGGUUGCACCCUGAAUCCUUAUCAGAAUUGUGAAGGUUACAUGGAUGCUGAUCAGGAAUCUGGUGAUUACAUGGAUUGCGCACUGCCUCUUGAUCAGGAUUAUGAACCUUGUAGCUACAAACCUAGAAAUAAGUCUGACAGCAAGACAGGGGUAUUUACUCAGAUGAAGAAGAUACUAAGUGACUUUUGGAAAUCUUGUAAGACGGUGGCUGAUGGUGCUCUAAAAUCUGUGUCUGAAGCUUCUGUGUCUGAGCAGCAAACCAGAGAUCCUUUGCUGCAGUUAGUCUCCCUCCAGGAGGCAACUGGCAAGUGGUUGCUUGAUCCAGCUCUGCCUACUGCACUGGGAAAGACGAACGAGGAGGUGGAGAAGUCAAAGCCAGUAUUGGCCAACAAGGAAAUUUGGGCUACCAUUCUGGCUCUGAUCUGGCUUCAUGGUUUAAAGAUGGAUUCAAAGAAUGAGUGGGAUCUUCUGGCUAUGAAGGCUGCCUCAUGGCUCCGUGCUCAGAAUGCACCAUGGGUGACAGAGUGUGUGGAAGCUGCAAAUUUACUGUUGGGUUGCAGCGUGAUGAAAGAAGCUCUGGGACUCUGAGGGAUUUCUUAUGAACCCUUUUCCAAUAGUACCUACUUGAUUUGGGUCAGCACGGCUCAACUCUGUUUUUAGCCUUUUCCAUUAAGUGAUAGUAUCUGGUAGUGGAUAGUUUUUUAGUACCUCCUCAGCCGGGGUUCCAAGCGAUCCAUGCAAGUAGAAAAUGUGACAUCAACAGACUGCGUGCCACAAAUUGAUUAGUCAGAGGUGUCACUCGAUGAAUCAUGAGAGCGUCUAUUUAAUGACUAACCAACUAAACUGUCAUUUUUGAAACCUAACAACAAGGGCAAUGGCUACACUAAAGACAACACUGUGAUCACUGACUCUGCCAAAAAGCCACAGACUGAGCAACAGGUAUAACACUACCUUUCUUGUGGCGUUCGUGUCACAUACAAAUGAUAUUACAGUCAUGCCUGCUUACCUGAUGAAUGGUUGUUGUCUGCCACUAAUUUUAGUAUAUCACCUUUGUGAUUCAUUUUAAUACUUUGGUUCAAAAAUGUCGUGCAGAGAAAGGGACACUCCAAAACAAACAACAAACACAUCUCCCACUACUGUCCAAGUUGCGGCAUUUUUUUAUUUACUUAGUCAGUUAUUAGUUAUCGGUGCAAA